AUGCUGGAGAGAGCAGACCUGAGAACUCCAGAGUUGUCAUGUUUCAUUCUUCUAUGGAAAACGAUUCCGGAAAAUAUUGCUAAAACUUCACAGCUGAAAGAGGCCAUUCUGUCAAACUUUCAAAAGCCAGAUGGAGAUUGUCAUAUCAGGCUGAUAUUUUCAACUGUGGCACUAGGGAUGGGAGCAGAUCUGAAACAGGUUAAGAGAGUUAUUCAUGCCCGGCCACCAACUUCACUGGAAACAUAUGUUCAAGAAAUUGGCCGAGCAGGAAGGACAGGUUCAGAUUCACAGGCUAUUCUGUAUUUCAACAGAGGAGAUUUAGCUUCAGGUUCAAUGAGAAAAGAAAUGAAGGAAUAUUGCACAGUGUAAAAGGGAAAUAAUUAAC